CAAAUUUUUCUGUUUUAGACUUUACAGCUCUCUUUCUCUUUUCAUAGUAAUAGAAGACAAAGACCCAAAACCAAAGUCAAUUUUAAUUUGGCUGCCUCUCAGUUUAACUCCAACUGCCGGUCUAUUUCUGGUAUUAAUUUCGCUCUCUUAGAUUUCUAUGCUCUGUCUGGUUUUUUUUUUUAAGCAAAUUAAACCCGGAAAACAAUGGCUUUAAUUCGUCGCCGAAAACCUAUCGAACCCAGUAAAACCCCAGUGCUAAGAGAGGAGGGGGAGGAGGAGGAGGAGGAGGAAGAAGACAAUAGUAAAAACAAACACGUAAAGAAGAGUUACAAAAAAUCCAAACCAAAAUGGACAUGUUUAGACAAUUGUUGCUGGUUUGUUGGGUGCAUAUGCGUAACUUGGUGGGUUUUAUUGUUUCUUUACAACGUUAUGCCUGCUUCUUUGCCUCAAUAUGUGACUGAGGCAAUCACUGGUCCUUUGCCUGAUCCACCUGGUGUCAAGUUGAGGAAAGAAGGGUUGAAGGCAAAGCAUCCUGUGGUUUUUGUUCCUGGGAUUGUUACUGGAGGGCUUGAGCUGUGGGAAGGGCAUCAGUGUGCUGAUGGAUUGUUUAGGAAAAGGCUAUGGGGUGGAGCUUUUGGUGAAGUUUAUAAAAGGCCUCUCUGCUGGGUGGAACAUAUGUCACUGGACAAUGAAACUGGAUUGGAUCCUCCAGGUAUAAGGGUCAGGCCUGUCUGUGGACUUGUGGCAGCCGAUUACUUUGCUCCUGGAUAUUUUGUUUGGGCAGUUUUGAUUGCUAAUUUGGCACGCAUUGGAUAUGAGGAGAAGACAAUGUACAUGGCAUCAUAUGAUUGGAGGCUUUCAUUUCAGAAUACUGAGGUCCGUGACCAAUCUUUAAGCCGCAUAAAAAGUAAUAUUGAACUCAUGGUUGCAACAAAUGGUGGAAACAAGGCAGUUAUUAUACCACAUUCCAUGGGUGCUUUGUACUUUCUGCAUUUUAUGAAGUGGGUGGAGGCACCAGCUCCAAUGGGUGGUGGGGGUGGUCCAGAUUGGUGUGCUAAGCAUAUCAAGGCAGUGAUGAAUAUUGGUGGACCAUUUUUAGGCGUUCCAAAAGCUGUCUCUGGACUUUUCUCUGCUGAAGCGAAGGAUAUUGCAGUCGCCAGGGCCAUUGCACCUGGUGUCUUGGACAAAGAUUUAUUUGGCUUUCAGACAUUGCAACAUAUAAUGAGGAUGUCACGCACAUGGGAUUCAACCAUGUCAAUGAUUCCAAAAGGUGGUGCCACUAUUUGGGGUGAUCUUGACUGGUCACCUGAGGAAGGAUAUAUUCCUAUUAAGAGAAAGCAAAAAAACACUGACACACAAAAAACAAGCCAAGAUGGCCCAGAAAGAAAGAUCUCUGAAAUAAGGAGAGCCAAUUAUGGAAGGAUCAUAUCCUUUGGGAAGGAUGUAGCUGAGGCACUUUCAUCUGACAUUGAGAGGAUUGACUUCAGGGAUGCUGUUAAAGGUCAAAGUAUUGCAAACACCUCCUGUCGUGACGUGUGGACGGAGUACCAUGACAUGGGAUUUGGAGGUAUUAAAGCUGUUGCAGAAUAUAAGGUUUAUACUGCUGGUUCUAUUCUAGAUCUGCUGCACUUUGUUGCCCCAAAGAUGAUGGAGCGUGGCAGUGCUCAUUUCUCUUAUGGAAUUGCUGAUGAUUUGGACGAUCCAAAAUACCAGCACUACAAAUAUUGGUCAAACCCUUUGGAGACAAAAUUGCCCAAUGCCCCAGAAAUGGAGGUUUUUUCCCUGUAUGGAGUGGGCAUACCAACCGAAAGAUCUUAUGUUUACAAGUUAUCUCCUUCAGCAGAGUGUGCUAUUCCAUUUCAGAUUGAUUCAUCAGCUGAUGAACAAUUUGAAGACAGCUGUCUGAAAGGUGGAGUCUAUACUGUUGAUGGGGACGAGACUGUUCCUGUUUUAAGUUCAGGCUUCAUGUGUGCUAAAGGCUGGCGUGGGAAAACAAGAUUCAACCCUUCAGGAAGUCAAAUGCAUAUUAGAGAGUACAAUCAUUCUCCUCCAACAAACUUGUUAGAAGGUCGGGGCACCCAAAGUGGUGCUCACGUUGAUAUAAUGGGAAACUUUGCUUUGAUUGAGGAUAUAAUGAGAGUGGCAGCUGGUGCUACAGGAGAAGAGUUGGGGGGUGAUCAAGUUUAUUCAGAUAUAUUUAAGUGGUCUGAGAAGAUCCAUCUACAACUGUGAUUGCAAGUGAGGUACGAGGCUUGAAGACAGCUGAAGUGAUUCACUCUUGAUAGACCUUCUGUGUGCUUGUUGAACAUCGGUACUCUAAGCCAAGGUAGGCAAUGAAAUCGAAGCUUGUUGAUUUCUCCUUUGAAAGUAAUUGUGAAGGAAGCAGCAGAGCUGGCUAUAAGUUGAUGGAUCGAUGGAUUUAAACUGAAUUCAGCUGCUACUUUUGUUGUCUCUCGCUCUUGAUUAUUAAUACGUUGGUAUUCAUUCAUUGCAUUUUUAUAAUUCUUCUAUUGGUGUUCCUAAAAAUGAAAACGAUGUAUUCAAAGGAAGGAAUGGAAACCGAGGUAACUUGUCCUGGUUCCGUAGGUUUUUAAUUGUUUGUAGUGUUGAUGAAAAAUCACGAAAUCACUACCAAAAGCAUUGUUUACCUUUUCGGAUUUCUUUGGUUCAGAUCAGAAGUGUUGAAUCUCUUGUUACAUUUUAUUCUCCACAAGGGCUAACACGAAUAAUUGUCAAGAAUCAAGAUCAUUAGAUAGUACUUCUUUUUUGGUGGA